CAAGACGCAGCUGCCCUGACGCUCCGCCUUUGCAUAACCCACUGAGACCUUAGUAGCUGGCGUUGGCCCUCAGGGGGGAAGCGAGCUAUUUCCCCUCGGAGGCCUGGGGUCCCGCAACCUCUAUCCUACCUGGCCUGGCCUGGCGCUGCCCAGCGCGUCCGUGCCUCCGUCAUGGAUCUGAAUUUAAACCGAGCGGAUUAUUUACAGGUGGGAGUGACCUCUCAGAAGACUAUGAAGCUACUUCCUGCUUCAAGAUAUAGAGCUACACAAAAGGUGGUUGUUGGAGAUCAUGAUGGAGUAGUUAUGUGCUUUGGCAUGAAGAAGGGAGAAGCAGUGACAGUCUUCAAGACUUUACCUGGGCAGAAGAUUGCAAGAUUGGAGCUAGGAGGGGUUCUUAACACGCCCCAGGAGAAAAUUUUUAUUGCUGCAGGAUCUGAAAUUAGAGGCUUCACAAAGAGAGGAAAACAGUUUCUCUCUUUUGAAACAAACCUCACUGAAAGCAUUAAAGCUAUGCACAUAUCUGGCUCAGACCUUUUUCUCAGUGCAAGUUAUAUCUAUAACCAUUAUUGUGACUGCAAAGACCAACAUUAUUACCUUUCUGGAGACAAGAUCAAUGACGUCAUCUGCCUUCCAGUGGAAAGAGUACUUCAUGAUGUACCGGUGUUGGCCUGCCAGGACAGAGUACUCAGAGUUUUACAGGGAUCUGAUGUGCUGUAUGAAAUUGAAGUUCCUGGCCCACCUACUGUUUUAGCCCUACACAAUGGAAAUGGCGGUGACUCUGGAGAAGACCUUUUGUUUGGAACGUCAGAUGGAAAACUUGGGCUUAUUCAGAUCACUACAUCCAAACCAAUACACAAGUGGGAAAUUCGAAAUGAGAAAAAGAGGGGAGGUAUUUUGUGUAUUGACAGCUUUGACAUUGUGGGUGAUGGGGUUAAAGAUUUACUUGUUGGAAGAGAUGAUGGAAUGGUGGAAGUGUAUAGUUUUGAUAAUGCAAAUGAGCCUGUUCUACGAUUUGAUCAGGCGUUGUCUGAGAGUGUCACAUCUAUCCAGGGUGGUUGUGUAGGGAAAGAUGGCUAUGAUGAAAUCGUGGUAUCCACAUAUUCAGGCUGGGUUACAGGUCUGACAACAGAGCCUAUUCAUAAGGAAAGUGGACCAGGAGAAGAACUAAAAAUUAAUCAGGAGAUGCAGAAUAAAAUUUCUUCUUUACGGAGUGAGUUGGAACAUCUGCAGUAUAAGGUACUACAGGAAAGAGAGAAACAUCAACAGUCUUCUCAAUCAAGCAAAGCAAAAUCAGCAGUACCUUCAUUUAGUGUAAAUGACAAGUUUACAUUAAAUAAAGAUGAUGCCAGCUACAGCCUUAUCUUAGAGGUUCAGACGGCGAUAGAUAAUGUCUUAAUACAGAGUGAUGUUCCAAUAGAUUUACUAGAUGUGGAUAAAAAUUCUGCUGUUGUCAGCUUUAGCAGCUGUGAUUCUGAGUCAAAUGACAACUUUCUUCUCGCCACUUAUCGGUGCCAGGCAAAUACCACAAGGCUGGAACUCAAGAUUCGCUCAAUUGAAGGCCAGUAUGGCACACUUCAAGCAUAUGUGACUCCAAGAAUUCAACCCAAAACAUGUCAGGUCCGCCAGUACCUUAUCAAACCCCUUUCACUCCAUCAAAGAACUCACUUUAUUGAUCAUGACAGACCCAUGAAUACACUGACUUUGACAGGCCAGUUCAGUUUUGCUGAACUUCACUCUUGGGUGGUUUUUUGCCUGCCUGAAGUUCCUGAAAAACCUCCAGCAGGAGAAUGUGUGACAUUUUACUUUCAGAACACCUUCCUGGAUACACAACUUGAAAGUACCUACAGAAAAGGUGAAGGAGUUUUUAAAUCUGACAACAUUUCUACUAUAUCCAUCCUAAAAGAUGUGCUCUCUAAAGAAGCUACAAAAAGGAAAAUUAACCUCAACAUAUCAUACGAGAUAAAUGAAGUAUCAGUCAAACACACAUUAAAGCUAAUCCACCCAAAGCUGGAGUACCAGUUGCUUUUGGCUAAGAAAGUGCAAUUAAUUGAUGCUUUGCAAGAAUUGCAGGUUCAUGAGGGAAACACAAACUUUCUGAUACCAGAAUAUCGCUGUAUCCUAGAAGAGGCAGAUCACCUACAGGAAGAAUACAAAAAGCAACCUGCACAUCUUGAAAGACUCUAUGGCAUGAUCACCGAUCUUUUCAUAGAUAAGUUCAAAUUCAAAGGCACCAAUGUAAAAACCAAAGUGCCUCUUUUACUGGAGAUUCUGGACAGUUAUGACCAAAAUGCAUUGAUUGCUUUCUUUGAUGCUGCAUGAAAUAUAAAUAAGGUAAAGUUCCAAAGAAGUUGUAUGUUUAAAUGAAAAAUGUUAAAACAGAAUUGCAAGCUAACUGUAUAUACUUUUAUUUCAAGUGCAUUUUUUAAUAUUAUCUAAAAAUA